AUGAGCAGGGGGCUGACGAAGCUGCUGGAAGUGAGUCUUUUUGUUGGGGGCUUCCUAGUAAUCUGGUAUGUGACAGGAGAAAGGAUGUUUAAGAGGAAAAAACAAAUAGUGAAGGAAAAUAUAUUGUUAAUACUUAGACACCUGUGCUUAGAAAUAUAUAAAGUAUUAAAUGAGACUUCAAAAACUACGAGAAAUGUGUACGAUAUGCUUAAAAAUGAACCGAAUGCAAGUAUUGAGUUAAGCAAAUUGGAGGAAGUGCUAUUAAAUAAUGGGUAUAAAAAAAAAAUCGAAGAAGCUGAAAAAGAAGUAUUAGAUAGAUUUAAAAUAAGUGUUGACGAUUUUUACGAAGAAUUAAAAAACUAUGAAAAAGAUGAGGAUGUACAGAAAUAUUUAGAUUCAAUUAAAAAAAUGUAUAAUGAGUCUUUACUUGGAUUUCAGCCAAAAUUACCAUCAAUUGAUCAAAAUAUAUCACAAGAUGUAAUUAUCAAUUUAACAAAUUUAAUAUAUAAAGAAAAAAGAAAAGUAUAUAAAUCAAAAAUUGAUUCAAUGAUUAAAAAAGACGAAAAUUUCAAUAUCGAUACCACAUUUUCAAAUUCAGAAUUUUUUGAAAAAUUGCAAAAGUCAACUGAACAUGUAGAGGAAAAAAUUAUUAAAGAGAACUCAGAUCUUGUCCCAAAUAUGUUUACUUUUAAAUAUUUAGUAAACUACUAUUCGAAUGAUACCAGUUUUUUGCAAAAAAAGAAAUAUUUGGAAUCCAAGCACGGCGAAAAAAUGAUCAAAAUUUUGAAAAUAAAGAAAAACAAGAGAAAGAAAAAGUGUGCAAAGGAUAAUGGUAGUAACAAUGGAAGCAACAAUGGCAGUAACAAUGGCAGUAUCAAUAGCAGCAUAAGGAGCAUUCCCAGUCAAAAUUCACUGAUGGGCAAUACCAGUUCGGACAAAAAUGGUGGAAGUGGUGGUGGUAUCGGUAAUAGCAGUAACAACAGUAACAGUAACAUUGACAGUAAAAGCAAAAUUAAAUGUAAUAAUAAUAGUAAUUGUAGCAGCAGUAGUAGUAUUGGUAACUUCGAAAACAAAUUUAUUUCUGGUGAAGUCAAGGCAAGUGAGGCACCCCCCGAGUUAAAUGCCGAUGAAAAACUUAACGCUACUGAGGAAAAUAAAACGCAGAAAGAUGUAAUAACUAAUGCACAUGAACCCAAAAAAGACAAAGAAAUGUUUCAACACAUUAGUUAUAGCUAUAAUGAGAAUAAUGAAAAUAACAAUACUUCUUAUACUACCAAUUAUCAGCAAGAUAAAGGAAACGAUGGUUUUCUCCAAAUGGAUGGUAGGUAUGAUUUGAAACGAGUGGAAGUGGAAGAUCAAAUGGAGAUAAAUGAGCUAAGCGGGAUGAAUGAAAUAAAUGAGAAUUCAGUUGUAACCAAUUUAAAUUAUGUGCAGGAUAGUAAAAGUGAAGAGAUAGCGGAGGACGGGAGAGAACAAGUGAACGAAGCAAAUGGAGAGGAGGGCAGGAGAGGAGUAGUAGAAUAUGUAGAAGGAAGUACGCACAAAGACACGGAAAAGGAAAAAUGCAUGUUCACAAAAAAAGAAUCAUUUGAAGAUGAAGAGAAAAUAAGAGUAGGGAGUAUUACAGAAAAGAAAGACGUUGAAAAUGUUAAUGAAAAUAUAAAUAUAACGCUAGAAUUAAAAGAAAUUAUAGAAAACAAAGUACAUGGGGAGGGUGAACAUGCUAUAUACAAGGAUGAAUUACAAUUAGAAAAAACAGCACACAGUAAUGAAGUUGCUAAGGGGAACAGUGUAAUGAAUGAAAAAGAGGAAAUUAAUGAAGAGGGUAAAGAAGCAGUUGGAAAAAAUGGCGUUGCUGACGAUAUAGGAGAAGACUGUGAAAAUGCACAGAGUGUAUCUGAGAACGAUGAUACAGGUGAAGGUGCAGAUGCAGAUGCAGGUGAAACGACUGAGUGGAAAACCGUCGACGAGAAUGAAAACGAAGAGGAAAAUGAAUCGAAAGAACCGAAUGAGGAUAGCAAAAAUUUAUAUGAUGCAAAAGAGGAAGAUAAAUGGAGUUUGUCGGAGAUGCUAUCACACAAAGAUGAAUCCAAUGAAAAUGAAAAUGAAGAAAAUGAGAAAUUAGCAAAUGAGAAAUUAGCAAAUGAGAAAUUAGCAAAUGAGAAAUUAGCAAAUGAGGAAUUAGCAAAUGAGGAAUUAGCAAAUGAGGAAUUAGCAAAUGAGAAAUUAGCAAAAGAUAAAUUGGCAGAUGAAAAAGAUGAUGAAAAUAAGAAAAAUAGCUUAACCAAAAAUGUGACGCAAAAAAAAAAAAAGAAAAAAAAAAAAUUCGAAAAAAAAUACAUAAAUAUGUGUAUUAAAAAAGAGUAA